GCGAUCUGCAUAUCCCCAAAAAGGAGCCACAUCUCUGACAGACAGACAGAUAGCAAGCUGGAUAGGUAUAAAAGAACUAAGAGUAACAACUUCCAUCAAAACCCAUGGAAACCUGUUACUACUGAAAAGUAGUAGUAGGUAUUGUUACUAGGCAAGCUGGACUGGACAUAUUGAAAAUAUCUGUCAAUAAGGAGGGUGUAUGGCUUUUGUGGUCCUGCAAAAGCCAAAUAAAUGUAAUGAAUUGGUAAAUAUAUGGGGUUGUUACAGCAUGUGUGCAUUUUCCAUGUGUGGCAUAUAAUUGCCUAAUCUUGCUCUUUAACAUUCUUGACAACAGGUUGCUAUGCGGAGUGUGUGGGUGUGGCUUUCUAAAGGCACUAAUAGGGUUACCUCGUGGUUGGUGUGAUGUAGAUAUUAUAUAUACAGACGGGGUGCAUAGACGGUAUAACAGAGCAGUGGAACUGCCGUCAGUCGUUGGUGUAUUAGCUGAACAUUAAUGAUCGUAACCCUAUAAGGUUCUUUCUGUUUCAUGUGGUUUAAUGGACACGUAGGGUUUCCCGCCUUUGGGAGCAGAGCAGGCAUGUUCAUGGCGAUAUAAUCUGCCGGCAGCCACACAAUUAUGUGAAGUGUAAGCUCUGUAGGGAAAAGUAGUUACCGCCCUGGUACAGCGCAAAGGGUUAAAAACAGAGGCUCGGAGACGUCUCAGCCGGGAAGUGGGGGCGGGGCCAGCGCAAGUUCAAGUCCUCAUCCCAAAAAAGCCAGAGAGCCGCCUCUCUCCCACUCCCCAUUAUUGCAGCCGCGGCACAACAGCUUCCCGGGGCGGAGGGUUGAGACGGGAGUCCGCUGCUCAGAGUAUCCCUCUGGGAAGGGGAAAUAACGAGGCCAGAGAGAAAGCAGCACGACCACCCCAGCUACCUGCCCCUGCAGAGGGUGCAACACAACAGCCCCUGGCAGCGGUUGUCAUGGUAACCAAGGGCUGCUGCAGGCCGGAGACAGUACCCCAGCCCCGGGGAGGAGGCUCCAGUCACUGACCCCAUAGAGAAGGAGUGGGGGAAGGAGAAAAAAGGGGGCAUCAAAAGACAGAAAAAGGGGUCGGGCAUUACAGAAGGAGAAGCCUAAAGAUCCCUCGGAAUGGAGGACGGUAUUUCCAGCUAUAGCAGCAGUCUGUAUGACACAUCCUCCCUCUUCCAGUUCUGCAACGAUGACAGUGCCUCCGCUUCAAGCUGUAUGGAGGUGACUGAUCGCAUUGCUUCCCUGGAGCAACGAGUACAGAUACAAGAAGAUGAGAUCCAGCUGCUGAAGUCUGCGCUUGCCGAUGUGGUUAGAAGGCUAAAUCUCUCUGAAGAACAGCAUGCACUGCAGAAUAGGAAGGGACCCACCAAAGAUCACAGUGUUCAAAAAAAGUCAGAUGUUGAAAAGUAUCAGCGCAGUACUGCUGCAGCACGACCUCUGGUCCAAACACUUCCUCUGAGAAAUGCUGUUAAUAGUGAAUCCAUCUUACCAAAGAAGCCAAGUGGGUCUCUACCUUCCCCUUCAGGGACCAAGAAAGAUAUUGUUCCGCUAGCAUCCAAAAGCAAAUCUGUGCGUCUCUUGAAUGCGUGUAAAUUAUCUAAAACUGCAACAAGUAACGUCAAAAGAACUAAUUCUACUGAGCGCAUCUCUUCUGGAGUGCGAAGGGAAAGUUCUGGAGAUGCCAAAGGUGGUCGUAAUCGUGCAGGCUCAACGAGCAGUUCAUCCAGUGGAAAAAAGAACAGUGAAAGCAAACCCAAGGAACCCAUGUUCAGUGCAGAGGAAGGCUAUGUAAAAAUGUUCCUGAGAGGACGUCCUGUUACUAUGUAUAUGCCCAAAGAGCAAGUGGAAACUUACAGUUUAGAGGCAAAAGGUGAACUGCCAGCUAAAAAGCUUAAACUGGAAUGGGUAUAUGGCUACCGGGGACGGGACUGCCGCAGCAACUUGUACCUUUUGCCUACAGGAGAAACUGUAUAUUUUAUAGCUUCCGUAGUGGUGUUAUAUAAUGUUGAAGAGCAGCUGCAAAGACAUUACACUGGCCACACCGAUGACGUUAAGUGCCUCGCUGUCCAUCCAGAUAAAAUUACUAUAGCGACAGGCCAGGUUGCUGGUACAUCAAAGGAUGGGAAACAAUUGCCACCACAUGUUCGCAUUUGGGAUUCUGUGACACUAAAUACCUUGCAUGUUAUUGGAAUGGGCUUCUUUGAUCGUGCUGUUACCUGUGUUGCUUUCUCUAAAUCUAAUGGCGGAGGGAACCUGUGUUCCGUGGAUGAUUCCAAUGACCAUGUAUUGUCUGUGUGGGAUUGGCAAAAAGAAGAAAAGCUGGCUGAUGUUAAGUGCUCAAAUGAAGCUGUGUUUGUUGCCGACUUUCAUCCAACGGACACAAAUGUUAUAGUGACUUGUGGCAAGUCUCAUCUUUACUUUUGGACAUUAGAAGGAAAUUCUUUGAAUAAGAAGCAAGGAUUAUUUGAGAAACAAGAAAAACCAAAGUUUGUUUUGUGUGUGACCUUUUCGGAAAACGGUGAUACAAUAACAGGAGACUCUAGUGGAAACCUCUUGGUCUGGGGAAAAGGUACCAACAGGAUAACACAUGCAGUUCAAGGAGCCCACGAUGGUGGGAUUUUUGCACUUUGUAUGCAAAGAGAUGGAACAUUGGUAUCUGGAGGAAAAGACCGAAAACUUGUGUCCUGGGAUGGAAAUUAUCAACAACUAAAUAAAGUGGAGAUUCCAGAACAGUUUGGUCCAGUACGUACCGUUGCAGAGGGAAGAGGAGAUGUUGUGCUUAUUGGCACCACAAGAAAUUUUGUUCUUCAAGGCACUUUAUCUGGGGAAUUCAACACUAUUACCCAGGGCCAUACUGAUGAGCUCUGGGGACUUGCUGCACAUUCACUGAAGCCUCAGUUCCUGACCUGUGGUCAAGACAAGCAAAUUACAUUAUGGGAUGCCACCAGCCAUCGUCCUAUUUGGACAAAAAUCAUUGAGGAUCCAGCUCAAUCCUCCGGGUUCCAUCCAAACGGUUCCGUUGUAGCAAUUGGAACUCUAACUGGAAGGUGGUUUGUUUUAGACACAGAAACAAAGGAUUUAGUCACUGUGCAUACGGAUGGCAAUGAGCAGUUGUCUGUUAUGUGCUACUCACCAGAUGGGAAUUUUCUUGCAAUUGGUUCCCAUGACAACUACAUCUAUAUAUAUGCUGUUAAUGAGAACGGAAGAAAAUACAGUCGAAUUGGAAAAUGCUCAGGGCAUUCCAGUUUCAUUACUCAUUUGGAUUGGUCUAUAAAUUCACAAUAUUUGAUGUCCAAUUCUGGAGACUAUGAGAUCUUGUACUGGAUUCCCUCGGCCUGCAAGCAAGUAGUAAGUGUGGAAACAACCAGAGAUAUUGAGUGGGUCACGCACACGUGCACGCUCGGCUUCCAGGUGUUUGGAGUUUGGCCUGAGGGCUCUGAUGGAACUGACCUUAAUGCUAUAUGCAGAUCCACUGAUAAGAAACUAUUGGCUACUGGGGAUGAUUUUGGCAAAGUACAUCUCUUUUCUUUUCCAUGCUCACAAUUUCGGGCAUCUGGUCAUGCUUAUGGUGGACACAGCAGCCAUGUAACAAAUGUCAGCUUUUUAUAUGACGAUCGUCAUCUAAUCUCUACUGGCGGGAAGGACAUGAGUAUAAUGCAGUGGCGUGCUGUGUAAAGAGGCAGACCUUUGGCAGUAUGGGCACACAUGGACUGUACCAAACAGUGUCUCAGAAUUCUUUGUUAAAACCAAACUCAGGAACAAUCCUCUUUAUACUGGUGUCCUGCGCUGACAAAUCAAUGUCACUUCUCUGCUUUCAAUGGGGGCCAUCUAUACUUAGAAUUGUUUCAGACAGGAAAAGCAUUACAUUAUCAUAUACAAAAGCUUAAAGGUUUACAUUGUAUUAAUGAGUAAUGUUAAAUGUCUAAUGUACUGUAAAUUUGUGUUACAACAUGCCUUUCUAAAAUAUUCAUCACACCUCGUGUACUUCUAGAUUUGCCAUUGACAGUAUUGAAACAAAGAGCUUGGGUACAUUGGGAAAUACAGCCAGGUGCUGCAUGCGUCUUGAUUGGGAAAUGUGAAUGUAUUUCAUGUAGGUGUGUGACCUCUGGCAAGUUAUACUGGUUUGCAUUGAGCAAUACAAUUCUCCCAUCCUCCUAUAGCAUGCUUAUUACAUGUAUUGGCCAUUGAUAGAAAUAUCCUCCUGUUCAUUUCUGAUUGGUUUUUAACAACCUGCCACAAAGCUGUAGCAAAAAGCUGUUCUUAUAAAGCAACAUACAAAUGGUUUUACUGAGCUUCCAAAGUAAUUCUAGUAUUUAAGCGGUAUUACUAGCUGGAUGUUUGCACCACAGGACCCAUACAGCUGCUGCAAGUGCACUAACUAUGGAAGGCGAGGGGACCUUACCUGAGGCAGGCGGUUAUUUACAUAGUGUAUUCAGUCCAUCUGGGUUUUUACAACUAUUUAUAGGAGACAUGCUGUACAUCUCCAGUUUGUGCUACAAUACUCUGGGUACUAAUACAAUAGCUGGAGGGCUGUGAAUUAAAUAUUUUUCUGUUUUGUUCUGCAAGUCUGGGUGCCUAAAUGAAACAUUUAUAGGAGAAGGUCUGAAUAGAAAGAAAAGCAAUAAAUGAUUACAAUUGAAACUUCAGGUGGCAUAUUUAGUUUCACUUUGGAGAAAGGCAAAUAGAAUGUUACGUAAUGAAAAACGUAAAAAAAAGUCAAAUUGAAAAGUUAAAGAUAAUAUUCUCUGCCUUAGCAGUGGCUUUGUGUAAAUAGUCUGUGUGAAAGGGAGUACUGUAGGUGAUGUGGGCCAUUCACUGGGGCUACGUAGGUGCUAUUAUGUUUUAAGGAUUGGGGGUGAGAAGCUUUACAAAAGAGAGGGUAUAGAAUAGUAUAUUUGAAGGGGUGUUGGGGUGCUUACCCUUUACUACAGUGAUGAACAGUAGAGAUAGUUGGCCUAGUGCAGGCAAGCAGAGAAUAUAGAACAGUACAGCAUGUCCCUAUGCUUGCUUCUCUCCUCAGGUGCACACAUGUCCUUACUCCAGCUUCUGUGUUGGCAGUGAAAAAGUCUCACUACAUUAAUAUUGAACAUGCAUUCUAUGGCUUGGCACAAAUGCCAGUGGUAAUAAAAUAAAGGCUUAUGUAUCUAAGUGCCUUUUUGUGGGUCGCAUUUCCUAUAUUUCUUGCUAAUGGCACUUUGAAAUCCGUUGGUUAUAUAUAUAUAUAUAUAUAUAUAUAUAUAUAUAUAUAUAUUAUAAAACUUUUGACUAAAUAAAAUUUGUUGCAAUGAUUUGGUUAUGAAGGAACUGUUUUGAAUAUAUUCAUGUACGUGUAUCACCAAUACUGUGCUAAGCUGUCACUGUGUACAUUUUAUGGAGCGUAAUGAACAAUAAGGCUAUGCCUUACGUUUUAUUUCCAUGUCUAUUGUAUAUUUGUCUGUUUUGGUCUUUUUUUUUUUUAAAGUGCAUCAUAACAAGGUAAAAUCUUUUUAAUGUCAUGAAUUUGCAUGAAGGGGGGGAGAGGAGAUGAAUUCACACUUGAAUAGGUUGAUAUGGACAUCAAGGCCUGUCAUAGGAAGGUUUAUUAAAAGGCUUACAUAGACAUUAACUUUGCUAAGUGCAUUGAUUGUUAAAAUGCAUUGUUUACAUGGGGGAAAAAUGUAUCUGGAAAAAAAUAAUAAAUUUGAAGUUUGUUAUCUAAA